AACAGACCUACAAUGAUCCAACCGUUCGCCAUAUCUAAAAGUCUCUUUUUCCCAGAUAGCAAGAAAGUCGAGUUGCUUUCAUUAAGUUGUCACAAUGACAAAUUCUAAAGGUUACAGACGGGGUACCAGGGACUUAUUUUCACGCAAGUUCCGCAAACAUGGAACAAUACCACUGUCAACUUAUAUGAAGGUAUACAAAGUCGGCGACAUUGUCGACAUUAAAGGAAAUGGCGCUGUACAAAAAGGCAUGCCAUAUAAAGUAUAUCAUGGUAAGACAGGCCGUGUAUUCAAUGUGACACCUCAUGCCUUGGGUGUCAUUGUUAAUAAGAGAGUACGUGGACGUAUCAUCGCUAAGAGGAUAAAUGUCCGUAUUGAACAUCUCACGCAUUCCAAAUGCCGUGAGGACUUUUUGAAAAGAGUUAAAGAAAAUGAAAGGCUAAGAAAGGAAGCCAAGGAGAAGAAUGUGCGUGUUCAACUGAAGAGACAGCCAGCUGAACCAUCAAAGGCACACAUUGUAUCAGGACGUGAAGCACCCAUUUUGCUCGCACCUAUUCCCUAUGAAUUUAUUGCUUAAAUAUUGAAUAAACUCAUUUUAAACAUAAAA